GGGCCCGCCGGCUCCCCAUGGUAACGGCGGCGGCGGCGGCUCCGGCGGGCCCGGGCGGGCGGCCAGCAAAGAUGCUGCAGUAGAUGACUGACUGUGCCUCAAGUGCUAUGGCUCUACAUGGCGUCGGCAGGACCAGACCAUGCUAACGGGGGCCCCAAACAGCAGAAGCGCAUCGGGCUGCAGUCAGGCAGCCUCCCGGCAGAACGACCUCAGCCGUGCUGGCCCUGGCGCCUCGCUCAGCAGCAGGCCAAACCCGUCUGGAAUUUAGAGAAGAGAUAUGCGAGUGCUUUCCAGGAUCGCAUCCUGCUGCCCUCAGGGAUCCCUCUGCAGCAAUCCUGCUUCUUGUGCUCACCAUCACUAUGCCACGCGCAGCCCACUGAAGACAGCCUCCAAAGCCCUCGACACACUGGCCCUGCCACGGGAAGGGUGAUAUCUGCCACAGGAAGGGUGAUGCCUUCCCUGCUGAUGGACCCCUGCCUGUUGGCAGAGGAACACUCUGGAACUGGGGUCAAAGGCUCUCCCCUCAGCUCAGGUCAGCAGGCUGCCAGCUCCUGUAGACCAGUGCUCAAUAACAACUCCUUCCUACGGCCAAGCAGUGCUCAAGUGCCUUUUCUGCAGUCACUGAAGAUGAAAAAGGUGGAAAACACCCAGAGUUUUCCUGCUACUUCAUGGUCCCUCUUUGGGGACAAUAGAGACAGCUUUGGUAGCAGCCUGAUUAACAGGGCUGUGACGAAAAGCAAUGUUGUGUCAGAGCAAAACAAAAUCCCCUCCCAUGCCCCUGUGCCAAGCUGUGCGGUCCUCAGGAAGGAUCAGUGCUCAUUGGAGGAUGCUAAGGGGAGACCUCACAGCUCAAAAGAGAAGGAGCCGGAGAAGAGCCUCUUGAAGGCUGUGCAGCAGCUACCUAGUCAGGCUGCCACACACAGAGGCUUUGGGUGCCAAGCUGAAAGUUCUGGCCUUAUGAGUGUGGGCAGCCUGUCCAACCAGAGCAGCAGAUGGAGGCAGCAUGCUGGAGUGCAGAUCACUCAGAAAGAACCCACUGCUCCCCUGAACUCGGAGCUGGAGAGCCACUGCCUUAACAGUAACUCGAGCCUUAGGGGCACCUGUGACACCAUUGCCCGGGCUGAGCGGAUCAGUGUCCGUCCCCUGGCCUCGUGUGCCAGCGCUCCUGUCUGCAGGACUGGCUGCCGUCCCGUGGGUGUGCUCAGCACUCUGUGUGCCGGGGACCACCUGGCAAGAGCAGAGCCUCUGCACUUUGCUGCUGUCUCUGAAGUGGCAGCACAGGUGUCCACCAUCCAGCUGGAGGAAGAAGAGAAACAGGCCCAGGCUGUGGUCUCAGGAAAGCUUAAUGCUACUGCUGAGGAGUCACUGCUGCAGCCAAGCCAUCCCCAGGACGAAGCAGAGGAAGAACUUCCUGAUGGUCUGGACGAGAAUUACAGUCAAGAAGAGUAUGAGGACAGUGACUCGGAUUCUUCCUCCGAAGCCGAUGUGUUGUCCAGCUUCUCCACCACUCCUGCAUCCAGGAAACGCAUUGACUGCCUGGCCCAGCCUUCUGGGGCUCAAGACAAAGUGCUCAAACCAGCUCUUGUCUGCAGUUUAUUCCCUAAUGUGCCUCCAACUAUCUACUUCAGUACUCGGGAUGAGGCAGUGGAAAAGCUGCCUUGGGAGCAGAGGAAGCUGCUGCGAUGGAAACUGUGCAGUGUCACACCUAACAUAGUGAAGCAGACCAUUGGCAGGUCCCACUUCAGAGUUAGCAAAACAAGCACUGACUGGCUGGGUUGCUGGGGCAACCACAUGAAAUCCCCUGGUUUCAAAGCCAUCAGGGAGCACCAAAAGCUAAACCACUUCCCUGGUUCAUUUCAAAUUGGAAGGAAGGACCGUCUGUGGCGCAACCUGUUAAAGAUGCAGGCUCGCUGUGGGAAAAAGGAGUUUAAUUUCUUCCCUCAAUCCUUCAUCCUGCCCCAGGACAUCAAAUCACUCAGGAAAGCAUGGGAGGAAGGAGGUAGCCGACAGAAAUGGAUUGUGAAACCACCAGCAUCAGCAAGAGGCAAUGGUAUCCAGGUCAUCCACAAAUGGAGCCAGCUCCCCAAAAGGAGACCACUGCUAGUACAGAGAUACCUGCAAAAGCCCUACCUCAUUGGCGGGAAGAAGUUUGACCUGAGGCUCUAUGUUUACGUCACUUGCUAUGAUCCCCUCAGGGUCUACCUGUUCAAGGAGGGAUUGGUUCGCUUUGCCAGCUGCAGGUACUCCUCCUCAGUGGAGAGCCUUGGCAACAAGUUCAUUCACUUGACCAACUACAGUGUGAACAAGAAGAACGCAGCCUACAAACCCAACUCGGAUGAGACUGCUUGUCAGGGACACAAAUGGGCACUCAAAGCUCUCUGGGGUUACCUGACCCAGAAAGGAGUUAAUUGUGAGGCCAUCUGGGAGAAGAUUAAGGACAUUGUUAUCAAAACCAUCAUUGCUUCUGAGCCCUACGUGAACAGCCUGGUGAAGAUGUAUGUGCGCCGGCCGUAUUGUUGCCAUGAGCUGUUUGGGUUUGAUAUCAUGCUGGAUGAAAACCUCAAGCCCUGGAUCUUAGAAGUCAAUAUUUCCCCAAGCCUCCACUCCAACUCCCCACUGGAUGUGAGCAUCAAGGGCCAGAUGAUUCGGGACCUCCUCAACCUCGCUGGUUUUGUUCUGCCCAGCGUGGACAGUGUGGCUUCAGAGACACAGACAAGAAGUUGCUCUACCUACAGUAUGGGCAGUGCUUCGAAGAAGUCCAAGCCAAUAUCUGAGCAUUUGAGAGCAGAGAAGAUGAAGAAGGUCUAUUACUUGAUGCAGAAGAUACCUGACCAGGAUUUUUAUUCUUCUGUCUUGGACAUCCUGACUCCAGAUGACGUUCGUGUCCUGGUGGAGACAGAGGAUGAGUACUCGCGGCGCGGGCAGUUCGAGCGGGUGUUCCCCAGCCACAUCUCCAUGCGCUACCUGCGCUUCUUCGAGCAGCCGCGUUACUUUAACAUCCUGGUCACCCAGUGGGAGCUCAAGUACUACUCGAAUAGACACAAAGGUCUGGAGCUACUGAAGAACUGGUGUGUCAAAGGGUACCACACUGGGGCAAGGACGGAUUUGGCCCAAAUGUGGUCAUUGCCAAAGUCGUUGUUCCUCCAGAAGAGUGGCAUUCCAUCAAAUGGCUUCAGCAAACUGGAACUGGGCAAACUGGGUUCAUGCCUCCCUUCAGCUGGUGAGGAUCUCACAAGAUGCCUGGAGCCCAGCCCUGCUCAGAGCUUACCUCUCAACAAGUGCACUGAUGGAGCCAACCAGAGACCUGCUGGCUGCCUCAAGGACACUGCCCUGGUGAUGUGACCAAGCAGCCACCGUCCCUCCCUGGGGACACAUCAACCUACCUCAAAGGAAGACAUAGGAACUGGCUCUGUAGAGCAAGGACUGUGAGAGCCCUUUGCACUGCACACUUGUUUUGGGGCUGGUUGUAGAGAGAGAUGUUUUCCUAGGCAAAGAAGAAGCCUGUGUGACUUCAUUUUCUAAAGCAAGUGGCAAAGCUGGAGGAAGUGGGGGUUAUCUGGCUUUUGUCCUAGACUGAGAAAGCCUGACAUUGUGGUUUCUUUGCUGUGUGAGAGCUGGCUGAGCCUGCCCUUCUAUCCCCAGUCAGCACAGGCUGAGCCCUUGCUCGCCUGUGUCUGUGUCCUGAGUUGCUGGCAGCUGAGCCUGCUCUUGCCCUGCUGCCGCCUGGCCCCUGGAGAUAAGUCCUGAGUCCUCAUGCCUGGGAGAGAGUAAAACUGCCCAGUUUUAUCCUUUCUGAAUGUCUGUGCCAACAUCCUGCCCUCCCCCAUCAACAGGCCCCAUGGGAGACCUCAGGCUUGCACAUUGAAGCUCCGGAGAGACCGUGGGUACCCGUGUGGCUCCAGUUGGUUGUGGGGGCAGUGGGGCUGCUGGGGAGGGAGCAUCCUUCUCAGGGCCAUUGGCUCUCUGGUGUGCCCUGCAGCAUGUGUGCAUGGACUGCAGGCUAGUGCUCUUCUCUUGGGUCUGCUCUCUAUUUUCCCCUUGUUUCUCAAGGAUUUCUAUUAAAUUUUAACACUCAACUGC